CCCUCCAUCGCCGCCUCUCUUCUUCCCUCUACCAUCACCACCGGCGGCGGCAACGGCAAGACCGCAAGAUGGUGAAGAAAAGCAAGAAGAGCAAGAGCAAGCGCGUCACGCUUAAGGCCAAGCACAAGGUGCUGCGCAAGGUGAAGGAGCACCAUCGCAAGAAGCGCAAGGAGGCCAGGAAGGACGGCAAGAACCACAAGACUAGGGUCGAGAAGGACCCCGGGAUCCCCAACGAGUGGCCCUUCAAGGAGCAGGAGCUCAAGAACCUCGAGGUCCGUCGGGCGCAGGCGCUCAAGGAGCUCGAGCUCAAGAAGGAGGCUCGCAAGGAGAGGGCUAGGAAGAGAAAGCUUGGAUUGCCUGAGGAUGAAGAUAUUGCUGAUCUUGCAGCUGCUGCUUCUGCACAGGGCAGUGAGUUUGCAGAGAAGGAUGCAGCAAAGGAUAUUGCUUCUUUAGCAAUGCCUAAGACCAACGAUCAUUCAGAGAGGGCCUUCUACAAGGAGUUGGUUAAAGUUAUUGAAGCUUCGGAUGUUAUUCUCGAGGUUAUUGAUGCAAGGGACCCACUGGGCACUCGUUGCGUUGACAUGGAAAAGAUGGUCAGGAAGGCUGAUCCAACUAAACGAAUUGUGCUGCUUCUCAACAAGAUAGAUCUUGUCCCUAAGGAGUCGGUAGAGAAAUGGCUUACGUAUCUAAGGGAGGAGUUGCCAACUGUUGCAUUCAAGUGCAAUACUCAAGAGCAGAGGACCAAGCUGGGAUGGAAAUCAUCAAAGCUUGAUAAAACAAGCAAUGUACCACAAAGCAGUGAUUGUCUUGGUGCUGAGAAUCUGAUUAAACUACUAAAAAAUUAUUCCAGGAGUCAUGAGCUCAAGCUGGCAAUCACUGUGGGUAUUGUCGGCCUUCCUAAUGUUGGCAAGAGCAGCCUAAUCAACAGCUUGAAGAGGUCCCGUGUCGUCAAUGUUGGUUCUACCCCAGGGGUUACUAGAUCAAUGCAAGAAGUUCAGUUAGACAAGAAGGUGAAGUUGGUGGAUUGUCCUGGUGUAGUGAUGCUCAGAUCUUCCAACACUGGUGUGUCUGUAGCCCUUCGCAACUGCAAAAGAGUUGAGAAAAUGGAAGAUGUAAUCACUCCUGUUAAGGAAAUCCUGACUCUUUGCCCACACGAGAAGUUGCUCUCUCUGUACAAGAUGCCAAGCUUUACUUCAGUUGAUGAUUUCCUUCAAAAACUUGCUACACUCCGCGGUAAAUUAAAAAAGGGUGGCAUAGUGGAUGUUGAGGCUGCUGCAAAAAUAGUGCUUCAUGACUGGAAUGAAGGUAAAGUACCCUAUUAUACGCUACCACCUAAAAGGGCUGCUGUGGAGGAUGCCAAUGCAGUAAUUAUCUCAGAAGAUGGAAGAGAAUUUAAUGUUGAUGAAAUUUACAAAGCCGAGUCUUCAUUUAUUAGUGGUCUAAAAUCCAUGGAGGAUUUCAGUCAUAUUGAAAUUCCAUCUAAUCCCCCACCAGAGAUUGAUGAAGGGAUGCUCGAGGAUGACACGACGCGGAGUGAACCUGUCCAGGACGAAUCCAUGUGUGACGUGAAUGACCGUGAAGGAAGCAAGGCGACUAGUGGUAACACGCAGCAUGACAAGCUGUACACCGCCGAGGGUAUACUCGAUCCUCGCAAGAAGAAGGCAGAGAAGAAACGGCGGAAGGGGAACAAGUUCAGCGUGCUGAAUGACAUGGAUGCGGAUUAUGACUUCAAGGUGGAUUAUCAAAUGAAGGAUGCUGGUGUGGAUGAUGAUGAAGAUGACAGCAAAGGUGGAGACGAAACCAAGGAGAGUGAGCCCAUGACUGGUGUUUGUGAUGCGUGAGGCAAACUGCAUGUUGAAGAUGUGAUACGGAGUAUUAUUAUUACAAUGCUAGUGCCUCAUGGAGUCAUGGACCGCCAACAGUGGGCAGGAUGUUGGGACUUUUUGUUUGCCGUUAGUUGAAUGAAGAACUGCGAGAAAAAAAUGCAAAAUAUAUAUUUGAACUUCCCAAUGUAUGCAUGUAUCGGUGGGAGUCACUCCGGGUGGCCUCAUUGUUAUGUUCUAGUUUCGAGGCUCGACUGUGUUGCUUUUGGUGA